AUGAUUGCAGAUGAAACUGUCUCUACCGUGAUCCAACGGAAUGACCUCCCUUCAAAGAAGACCGACCCAGGAAUGUUCACGCUCCCAAUUUCAAUCGGAGACGUCCAGGUGGAGAACGCCAUGUGCGACCUGGGGGCAUCUAUCAAUGUUCUACCAUACUCCAUCUAUCAACGGCUGGGAAAGGCAAAGCUAGUCGACACGGAUUUAAUGAUACAGCUGGCCGACAGAUCAUGUAUUCACCUGGAAGGAAUUUUGGAAGAUGUUAUUGUUAAGUACACGUUCAAUAUUGAUGAGGCCAUGAAAAGGCCAGCCGAUGGAGAGAACAUGUACUCCAUCGAUGUGACUGAGCCCUUGGUACUGGAGUAUUUGGAGGAAGAAUUUUUAAAAAGGCAGUUCACUGACUCCGCCGCAGAUAAGGAAGUCGAAAAGGAAGUGGAAGAAUGGGUUGAGACCAUGAAGGUCGGAGAAAUGGACGACCAAGCCGUCGCAAGUGCAAUAAAUGAUUUUUACGAGCGCCCAAAGCCAGCUGGGUCAAGUGGGACAGCUCAAGUAUCUAGCCUAGCGAAGCGGCAUGAUCAAGGCAAGCUACUGGAAAGAGACACAACAGAAAACCCUCUGCCCAAUGAAGAACCAAAACCUGCAAAAGAGUUAAAACCCAUUCCCGCACAUCUAAAGUACGCCUACCUGGGUGAAGAUGAAACCAAGCCUGUCAUCAUCAAUAAUCAAUUAACCCAGGGGCAGGAAGACAGAUUGCUGGAAGUAUUAAGAAGGAAUUAUCAGAGGGCCAUCGGCUGA